AUGUCCGCGGUGCCAGCUCUACCGAAGAUACCUGGAGUGCCGGAGUCGUUGGGGACUUCCCUGAUCGGGACCUACUCCGGUUUGUUACUGUAUGGAAUGUCGCUGUUGCAAACAUGGCGAUACUUCGUCCAAUAUCCGAACGACCGUCUGGUCUUCCGACUUACGGUGAUCAUCAUGACAGUAUUCAAUACACUCCAUUCCGUCUUGUUCAUGCAUACGUGCUAUUAUUAUCUCAUCCUCAAGUACUUUCAUCCCGAGGUUCUCCCCAAGGCAGUUUGGUCAACCUGGCUGGUCGUGCCGAGUUCAAUCGUCAUCGUCCUUAUCGGAGAAGCCUUCUACGCACUUCGGGUCUAUAGACUGGGAGGGUGGCGCAGAUAUGUCGCCAUUAUAGCGACCCUCCUCAUGGCCGGAUUCGUGGCAUUCGAACUGGUGGCAGCCUACGAGUUAGCCCGUCACCCUGAGAUCCCUGAAUGGGCAGGGUACACAUGGCUCACCUCCGCGGGAUUCUCGUUCUCUUUCGUCGCGGAUAUCGGGCUGUGCGUAUCCUUAUGCAUUUUCUUGCAUACCAAUCGGACUGGCUUCAAGAACACGGAUUCCGUUCUCAACAUGCUCCUAGUGUACACCGUCAAUACAGGAUUCCUCAUAUGGCAAGUCAACGAUUCGCGCCUCUUUGGUCUCAAGCAUGAGGGCACGGAUAAUUUGACAUUUGUUGCAGUUGGCGUGCCUACAGUGAAGGCGUAUCCUGUGUCUGUCUUGGCCAUUCUCAACUCUCGUAGUGGCUUCGGGUUCGCUACCCGGUCGGACAACUUCGCGAGCUUCGGGAUGGACGUGACCCAGCCCGCCGAGUCUCCAACCCGGAGAGUCACAACGAUCUCUACUUCCGCUCACGUUAGCCCGCGACCUCGUUCCGGGAUGCAGGCGCGCGUUCGGGCGAACAUGCGGGACAAGGGGCUCAAGACGAGCUUGGGUCCUCCUAGCGAGUCCCGUGUCUUCCACAACCUCACGGCGGACCGCGAGGACGCUUCGACGUUCCGGUCGGACUCGUACGAGUUGAAGCCGUUCUCUGCUCGCAGCGUCGGGUAUACGUUCAAUAACGCAGUGUAA